AAGCUCCCAAAGAAUACGCAGUUUACUCAGUUUACUGUUUAAUUCAAAAUCCUGAUUUUGGUCGCAUUAUAUUAUCUGAAAGCAUAAUUCGAUUUCUAUUCCUCACGAGAACUAAUAACCAAAAAUUUUUGGCAAAAAUAAAAAUGGAUUUAUAUGGAAGAGACAAGGGCAAUAUCAGUUUACCACAACGUCUUCAGCCCAUCAAUUUUGAUGAAACCAAAUUGAAAACUAUUAUUGUAAAUACGCAAAAAUGUUUUUACGACUUGAAAAUUGCUGAAAUUAAUAAAAGAAUUCAAAGUUUAGAAGAACGGAAUAGAGAAUUGGAGAGUAAUUUAGAAGAUACGCAUUAUUUCAUUAAAACUUUACAAGAAAAAACACAAGAAAUAAGCAGUUUAAAAUCACAAAUAGCUUCUUACAUUACUAGAAUAAAAGCAUACAAGCAUCAAUUGAUUACUCUCGAAAAAGCAAGGAUUGACGAUAAAUACACUCACAUUGCAAUAACUGUAAACAUUGACGAAAAAUAUAAAAAUACGCGAAUUAUGCUCAUUUCGCAAAUUAAACUUUUGAGAAUGCAGCAAAAGAACACAAAAGAAAAAUCUGUAACAUACAUUUACGCACGAUAA